UGUGUUUGCGAAAUAAUUUCUCGAAGGUUUCGGGCCGGAAUCAUUUCCAUUUGAUUUAGAAGGAUAUUUUGAACAUAGCUGAAGUUUGGGAGUCAGCAGCUAGACAGCCUGCAAGACCUUUUUGAGUUUCCGGCUCUUCCUGUAUAUCAGCUGUACCAUCUCAAUUUUCGGCAUCGAGUGUUUAAGACAUGUGUAAAUUUAUUGGUUCAAGUAGCAUUUAGUGCAAGAUCUUUCGCCAUGAAUGCCUUGAAUUUCCAACUGCUUUGCAAGCCUGAGUUUUUGCCACUCCCCGCAUAGUUGGAUAGUGUAUGUGGUCUAGCUAUGUCUAGCUUCCGGCGCACCAGCUUUCGCAGAUCUUUCACAACAUUGCCAUGUGGCCAGCUCCUUGGAGUCAGGCGUGGCCAGUGGCGCAGCUACUCCCCCUGAUUCAUUCACCGGCUGUCAGCAAGACGAGCUACAAGACUAUUACUUCAGACUGAAGCGAAGAUUUGGCCGGAGAUCAAUUCACAGCUUUGACUUGGGCGGAAAAGGGUUGCAAGAAUCAGACAUGUGAUAGAAAUUGUAGCGUUUUUUGCCCGAGUUCUACCAUGACACAGCAGAUUCAGAACCAAAUCCGGCCCCUCAGUUUUCGCAUGUUGUGCUCAGCGUCUCAAGGUUGAAGCGCUAGUGAAGAUUAGACCGGCUCCAUUCCAAGGUCUUUUCCCCCCAAGCACCAAUGCUUCAACAUGUCCCCAACACCCCGCCACCUGAGUCUUUCCGCAUGUGAGCUUGCAACCGCCCCAAAUUUAGAUUAAGAUCCAGCCAAAGUUAUAUAGAUCAAAAAGGUAGAAUCAGCCCCAUGAGAUUGAGAAUUCAGCUCGAGACCCUGUUCACUAAAAUUCUAGACUCUUGGAAUUUCCGAGCAAUGACCGAUAUUUGAUUCAGAUUCGAACCAGUGCCUGCUGUUUGGUCUUGAAGUCUGCAUGCAGUCCCAUAGAACAAGCGCAAGAGCCUGCCUGAUGCCAAAAACCACCUCCAUGCAAUAUCUUUCUGGCAAAAUUGUGAUGGUCAGUAGGGGGAAUCCCCAACAAAUGAUGACCUUAUUUCAGGUUGGUAAGUCAUCAUUCAGCCAGAUCUUUCCCUGAUCAAAGUCGCUUGGAACUCCCGAUUUGAAGGGACCCUGCGGACCAUCAUAGCGGCCAAUGAACAUCCUCUCGUAGAAGUGUUUGCUUCAACUGUUUUGUUUGCAAAUCAUGGUGCCAAGAUGUCAUAAGAUGUCCCAAACAAUGUUGCAGCUGCCCUGAUUUUUUGGGGAAGAAAUGGUAAGAAAGUCUGAUUUUACAACGUAGUACGCCACUCCCGAGAACAAUGCCGGAUCGAUAUACGAUGCCAUUUCUUCUGGCUGAAUUUGAAGCAUGGCCACCCUAUUCCUGCACACAGGAGUGCAUUGUGAGUUUUGUGCCUGCAUAAAGUGCUUCGUUUUCAAGGCGACAGAGUCCUAUCAUGUCCAUCUAAAUCCCUGUGUUUGGUUUCGUAAUGAUUUUUCUUUCAACCUUUGCGCCACGAUCACUGGUGGCUUCGCCUAUGUUUGGACUCCAUGGAACUCAGCCUUGGCCCAUUGCCUCCGAACCUGGAACGUGAUCAGCUAGUCACUGUAGUCAGAAGCGAGCGGUUGCAAGAGUCGUAGGAUGUCGUAGGAUGUCGUAGGUGCGUCCUGCAUAGGCCGCCGCACGGCCACACGACAUUGAUGGUGUUCCGCGCGUGGCUGUGACAAAGCGGAUGCAGAGGCCCCAGUUGCCGAGGGGGACGGCUUGAUGCUUCAACUCCCAAGCUGCGAGUGCUGAUUCCAGCACCCAGGGCUGUGGUGAUUGCGCAAUUCCAGGUACAGGCAGCCCAUGAGCCUCGCAAAGCGCGUGGUUAGGCGCGUCCACGCCUUUUUCUCUGUCCUGGAGUAAGUUGGCAAGCGAGAGAUCUUCCGCAAGCGACUGCGAACUUUUUCACGCUUUCCUGAGACUCAACAGUUUUCAACAGAACCCGAAGCUCGGGCCCAUGUUGCAUUUCCAGGGCCGGGCGUGCAAGUGAUGCAAGUGCAAGUGCGUGAGCUGAAGUGAUCCUGCCAUGCCACCAUGGAUGCCACCAUGGCACGAGAUGCAGGUGCGAGAUGCAUAUUUUUGUUGCUUGUUCGAGAGGCGCACAUGUUGGGAAUACCAUGGAAUAUCAUGGGAUUUCUAAGCUUUCGUUGGGUCCAAUCACUGAAGCAUGGCCAGGUUCACACCUCCGCAGAGUUGUCCAUGUUCAGUUUUGCGCCAGCAUCAGCAUCACAGAUUUCCACACCUCAAGGUUUUAGAAUUGUGGUCACUAGCAUCCGCUUUGAACCCUACAUUCGAUUAUUCACCUUGCCGCACACUGCAUUCUUCAUAGAAGCAUUGAAAGAGGAUGCGCCGAUGGCAUCCACUGCACAUUUCGGGCUUCGAAAUGGCAAACAAUCUCCCAAGAUCCCCGACCUUCGUGUGACCCGCUGAUUGCUCCAUCGACAAUGCAAAUUUUUCCAAGCUGUGCAAGCGCCGGGGCCACAUGACUUGACCUUGACCAUCACAGCGGUACCGCUAAGCCGCUAAGCGUGCCCGCCUGGGAUCUUUGGCCGCUCGUCGACGCGGCGUUAAAAGAAA